AUGAGUACAAAUACGGAAAUCAUAAAAAAUAGUGAUUUGCAAAGUUUAAUCAAUGAUAAGAGGAGGUUAAUAAAUGAAAUAAAAGACUUUAAUAAAUCCAUUAAACCCUUGGAGUUUGAAUCGUAUCAGGAUUAUUUCCUGAUAAAAACGUUCAAAAAAGGAAUAUCUGCAAGUGGCCAUGUGGAUAUUGACAGUUUAAGAAAUAAAGAAUAUGGAAUAUACUACAAGAAAAUCAAGAGGAACUCUACACAAGAAGUCGGCGAACCAAUCCCUCGCAACACAUCCUCCUCCUCCUCUUCUACUAGAUCAAACUCAUCAGCUGAUAUCAGCGAUACAGAAUAUUCAGGUGAGAACACUCCUACAACUACUGGUGCUGCCAGUCGAAGAAGACGUACGAGAUCUCGAGCUAUUCAAAGAGAAAAUAGUCUACCAGCAUCUUUACCCUCAAUUAGUGAAGCGAAUGCAAACAAUGAUGAUGUUACUAUUUCUGAAAUAAAUGGAAGUGAAUUGCCAUUUCCAAUUCCAAUAUCAGAAGUGGAAAAUAUUGACAUUGCUUCAGAUAUAACUGAAAGGGAUGGUAUUAGAAGGAGAUCAUCAAGGAUAUCAGAAAGAGACAAAAGACGUUCACAGUCUAGACUGGGGUCAGAAGAAGAUGAAGAAGGCGACGGACAUGACGGAGAUGAAGGGGAGACCAAAAUCCAAGACCUAUAUGAGAGUUUGGUACCCAAAAUUUUGGAGUCACGUAGAAGGUCUGAUUGGAUCCUCCCUCCUAAGGCAAGAUAUACACCAGAAAAGCAAAUGAGGACCAAACCGUCAUUCAAGAGCAUAAAGAUUAAUGAACUUGUCGGGAAUAAAAGAAUACGAAGUAUAUUAUCUAGAUUUGAAGGUGGUGUAGCGGGUAUACGCAAAAGAGAUUGGGACUCUACCCAAUAG